CAUGGCUGCCUAAAUAAGUGUGAAGUUUAUCUUGAUGUAUUAUAUUUUAAUCAACUGGCUUCUUAGCUUUGCGUCUGCCUUAGACAAUGGCAGACAACUAUCAUAAACCUGGUCUUUACAAAUGGAAAAGACAAACAAAUCCAAGGGUUGUUUCUAGCUCACAGAGAGUUAGAAGCAAUAAUGAUAUCCAGAAUUGGAUUCAGAAAGUUGAGGAGGCCUCAAACUUGGCUGCUGAUGUUGCCUUUAGUUCUGGGGUUAAAAGUACUUCAGGUCGGCAACGAGGAAAACAGUCAGCUCUUCAAGCUAAAGAAAAGCUUCUCUAUCAUGAUGAAGCAUGUACAGAAGCUGAAGAGUUAUUAACACAAUGGAUGAAUGAGAAAGUGAUAUUAAAUGAUGAGAUAGAUGAUGAGUAUAUAGCAGAUGUCUGGAAUCAGAGAACAGUAGAGAGUGAUGUAAAGAAAGAAUGGGAUUAUCUAUUAGCUGAUGAUGAAGAUGGCCAGGAAGAAGCCUAUAAAAUGGCAAUCAGUAGAAAACGUUCAGAAUCACCCGAUCCUUACAAGCAUCUAUAUGACGAUGAUGAAAGUGAGGCUGUGGCGUCCAUUUUACAAAAUAUGAUGAAAAAAGAUGUUGUCAAGGAAACAUUUAAAAAGGAUCUUGGUUUUGAAGAAAAUAAACCUGAUCCGAGGCUGAAAAUGGAACUUAGACAUAAACAGGUAAAAGAAAAUCGUGAAAAGAGAGAAAAGGAAAUAGAAAACGCUAGAAGAGAAAAACAAUCUAGAAAAGAUGCUCAUCUUCAGGCCAAGAAAAUUGUUCUACAGGAAGAAAAGGAGAAAGAAGUCAAAAGUAAACGAGAGGAAUUUGAAAUUCAAAAAGAAAUGGUGAAAAUACGUAAACAAUUACAGGAGGAAAGACAAACCAAGGAGGAAGAAAAACUAAGGAAAAAAGAAGCAAAGCUGGAUAAAGAAAUGAAAGCCCGUCAAGACUGGGAGAAACAGAGACAAGAAGAUGAGAUAAAGAUGCUAGAACAUCAACGAGCAAUAGAUGAACGGAAAAAGAUCGUCAUGAAGAAAAUGUCAGAAAUUCAAACUAAACAAAUGUCUAAAAAUCUCAGGAUUCUUCAUCAACAUUUUACUGCGUGGUAUGAAUUGAUUCUACAGAAACGUUUAGUUCUGGGAAAGUGUCGAGCAAUGUCUGACUGGAAACUAUUACUGCGAGCCUGGAAUGCAUGGAAAUCUUACAGUCGCUCAAAAAAACUGGAUAAAGAAACUAGACAACACGAAAGAAAUAUUCUAGAGAGUCACAGAAAAAAUCAAAUUGCUAAUAGACAUUAUAAAACAGUUCUUGUACAGAAAUAUUUCACAGCUUGGUUGCUAUGGGUACAACAAGAACAGGACAAGCAUGACCUAGAACAGGCACAGGAAGUAACAAGGCAAAAAAUGAUGGCAUUAUUACAGAAAGCAGCAACAGGCCAGUUAUGGCAAGGUGAAGAGAACCCCAAUGAAGAUAAGAAGAUUGAUAAAACACAUAAUGGUUCUCAGUCAGCUCGACAUGCAACAGAUAAUCAAAAAAUUGAUGAAUUUUUUGCCCAGAAUGGUCAGAAAAAAGCUGUAGCAAAUAAUCAAAAUGGACCCUUUUCAUCAAAAAGUGACUCUUCAUUGUGUAAAACUAAAAAUGUCCCUCCGCGUGUUCCAACACAGGCAUGGCAAGUGACACGUAAACAUUUAAAUCUAACCAAUGAGGAAAUAGCUAGUCUGGGAGGUGGUGAUAUUGACGCUAACUCAGAGCAUUCUGAUAAAAGUAUACGGAAAAGGUUUGGAACACAGCCGUGGAUGAAUACUCAUUUUGUUGUGAAUAAUUUUGAACAUAGAUACACUGCACAGCAAAAGAUUUUAAGUGAGCAGCAAAAUCAAUUAAAAGAACAGAAACGACUCAUAGAAGAACUUCAAUACACUCAAAAAAAUCAACUGUUAAAAAAUCAGUUGACUGAACCACAGAAUAUAGAUAACCUCACCAAGGAGGAGAUAACUCUAAGAACAGAUAGUGGUGGUGCUAGUAGUAACCUAAAUACAUCCAGAACUAAUUCAACUUUUAAAUCGCCAACUCCAAGAUCUGUCUGUACAGCUAGAAGUGAUAAUACUGAGAUAUCAACAGCAACAACAAACCUAACUAAAACAACCAACAAUUCAAAACAUUCACAAAUCAUGAAAAAUAUGGAAGAGAGAUCAGCAGAGAGAGCAAGGUUAAAACGGGAACGAGAAGAAAAAAGACGAUUAAUGGAAGAAGAAAGAUUGACUAAACUGAAAGCUGAAGAAGAGGAGAGAAAAGCAGAAGAGGAAAAAGAAAAGAAAGAAAAAAUUGAAGCUUACAGAGAAAAGAAAAAACUUGAAAAACAGAAAGAGAUUGAGAAACAAGAAGAAAUGGAGAGAAUGAAAGAAUUAAACAGUAAAGCUGAUAAACAUUAUAUUGGAUCUGUGAUGAAAUAUAGAGGUUUACUACCCAUGAUAAAACUAGUUAAUAUAUCUAAAAGUAAUGAAGAGAAGGCCUACAAUCAUUAUACAUCAGUUAUAACAAGGAAAGUUAUGAUAUCAUGGCAUGAAUACACAGCACAAUCCUUGUCAGAGAAAUAUAAAAUGGCUGAUCAAAUGAGAAACUUUCUUUUAGUUAAACACAGCUUUAGAAAUUGGAGUAGGUAUAAACAUCAUAUGAGAAUAUUAGAGGAGAGAGCUGAUAAAUUUUUUGAGAGAAAUGUUAAAUCUAGGAUUGUCACCGUUUGGUUAGAUUAUGCUACAGAAGAAAAGAUGCUCUAUUGGCAGAAAGAACGACAAGCUAAAGAACAAUAUUUAAGGUAUUUACAGAAGAAAACAUUCCGAGCCUGGAGAAGAUUACCAGAAGAGUUACUGGUAGAAAGAGAGAAAGAAAAGAGAAGAGAAGAAAUGAGACAGAAAGUAGCCUCCAUGUUGCCUGACUUUGAGGGAGUUGUUAGAAAGAGUAAUGGUAUUGUAUGAUGGUGUCUGGAAGAUGCAGUAAAAGAAAUUGUCUCUUUUCAUUUUAUCAAAAAUGAUAUCAUCCUGUUUGAGGCGAAUUAAGAAUCAUAAAUUGUGAUUAAAUGACUUUAUCAGGCUUUCAUUUUACAUGGUUUUGGAAACAGAGUAAGUUCUAUAUCGUUUCAGAUACCCUGUUGUCAGUAACAAUGUGUUUUGCAGAAGUUUUGCAAAUUCAAUCGCGAAAUGAAAUAAAAUGGGGUUUGUCAUCCUACUGUUCUGAACCAACGUGUCUAGUUAAGACCUACUCUUAUUUUGAAUUCCAGCUGUAGGAUUCUUUGAUGUACACAAAAAUGUUUAGUUUGUGUACACAGGACCCGUUUUCCGUCCCAUUCAAAUGACUAGACACCGUUCCUUAACCAGACAUCUGUCCUACACCAUUGAAGAGGGUAAACCACACCAGAAAAUCCGGAGGAACUUGCUCGGCCACCAUGGCUUCCAAAGUUGUAUUGUAAAUUCUUGAUUAGAAUAUAAUACAAACCCAUGUGGGCAAUAUUCCUUGAUCUUUAGAGGUUAUUGGGUCAUUAUAGAGGUUGGUGCUCUGCAUCCGCGAAAUUUACUGUGAAAUUGUCUAAAUCUACCAGAUGAAUAUUACAUGUUUGUAUAAAGAAAAUAUAUUAUCUAAAUAAAUUUAGUCCCUCAUCCGAUUUGUCUCAAUAUAAAUCAAUCCAUCCAUCUCUGGUCAUUCCAGUUAUUGUAUUUACUGCUGAUUAUUUAUAUCAUCAUGUUAUAGAAUUAAACAUUUUGUUGAUCAUU